AUGUCAACAACAGCCAUGACAAGCAACCCACGCUUUGGAAUCAUCUUUUGGUUGUACUUGCUUUCGGCUCUAAUUUUCAUUCUUUCUCACACCACAUUCGUUCUUUUAACUGUUUCAAAUUCAAUAUUAAUACCCGACGACACCUUCCAAUUCCAAAAUUCACACGAUCGUUCAUGGUUCACCUCCGAGUCAGAGCAACUGACACUACCGCAACAACAACAACAACCUAAUUGUCCUUCGAUGAGACAAAUCCAAGGACAGUAUGCACAUCAUUUCAAUAUUUCUCUCAAUUUUUAUUUACAUUCUCCAACAAACUCUUCUGUUGAAGUGAAAAGAAAUGCAAUGGAAUUCCAUAAUUUACAACAAUUAUUAAUCUCGUUGGAUCAAAUACUUCAGAUGGAACAUUAUGAUUUUAUUAAUCUUACCAAUACCUCUCGAGUAGUAUUUGUGAAUAUUUUCAUUGUCGAUCAUGUUGUGGAUUUGUUGGAAAAUGAAUUGAUCACUUCACCAAAACUUGGAUUGACCUAUGUGUUUAUAUUCCAAUCAGCAGCAGAUUCUUCUCAACAAACACUUUCAACACUCAGUUUUCUUCAUAAAAGCACCAGUGACGUCCUAUCUCAUGACUCGAACGGAUAUUGGUUAUUUAUUAUUCACACAACUCGAAGUGAAUUUAUUAAGACUCAACAAUACAAAGAGUCCAUCGACACAUUUGGGAUUUUGUCAUUGCAGAGUGAUUGA